UGCCACGGUGCGAAGCACGCGCGUUUUGUGAGUCGUCGUCGUUCGGUGAGCUCGAUCGGACCGUUUUCGCGUAAAUAUUCUCGCGUGUGUUUGGGGUUACGACGUUUCGACGCUAAAGACGGUCGCGAGCAAAGCAAAUCGCUUGUAGAACGCAUCGUUCUUGCGUCAGUGCGAAGCAUUUAAAAGCAAAACUUAACGAGAUAAGUGUCAAAAGUGAUAUUUUUAUAAGAGAAAAAAAGAGUUCUGAAAUGAAAUGAAUAUUAUUUAAAAGUGAAGUGAAUUAUAUACAAAGUGUUCUACCGUUCUACUGUGGCAGUGAGUGUUUUUACUAGUUUUUCUCCCACUCAUGUGUGCAUGUGAUCCUGUCCGUCUGGCCCAUCUGCAACAGCCGAGAUAAGCAAACUCUCCUCUACCCGGGAGGCCUCCGAAUGGCCUGCCAGUCAGCCUAAUGACGAUGACACAUUCUACAUCCGAGGCAACCAGUCCAACGCGAGCAACAAACGGUUUGCUUGUGAGCAAUUCGGACGGUGCGGAAUAAAACGAUUCCAUAUGAUAGAAACUCAUCAUCCCUCGGCUUGUUUCGCUCUUCAUUUCUUUCCCCGGAAGCAGUAAAAAAUAACAUCCCGACGAUCACAUCUUCAGCUGGAAGGAUCUUAACGAUACAUACUGGCAUUUUCUUCAAAUGGUGAUGAGUCUACUUUAUGAGGCUACAAUAAACGUUUCAAAGAAAUCGAUUAAGGACGUGUAACUUUUCGAUUACCGGCGUCGGGUGUGUCUCGGUGGAGGUGGAAAAACGCCACCUAAAAAAGAGCCACCCCUGUUGAGUGAAAAAAAAGUGAAACGGAACCUCCCGCAUUAUAGUGACCGUGAAGAAGGACCUCCGGUUAGUGUAGCAAGGGAAGGAAAACCUCUCCCCUUCUCCCGGUUGGUGGAAAACAACUUUGACGCGAGUGUAAAUUUCGGUGAAUAAUGAGUGCGCAACCAGCGGCACUAAAUGGUUCUAAGCUGUGCCACGUUCGGUAAUAAAUAAAUUACGCUUCUGCACCAGCGCAAAAUACACCACCGGUGCGGACGUAGUGCUUGCGCCAUCCGGAGUGUUUGGCUUUCCUUCCUUUUCCGUUUUAAUGUUUUUUCUUUUGUGAAUUCCGGACCGUGUCUUACGCAUUUUUUCCGCGGACCUCCUCCCUUUUGGAACACACCGUAAUCGAAGCGCGCGUGAUCGAGAUGUGCACCAAUCGAACGUGAGCGAAUGUCUUCUCGGCUGGUUGGCUACAACCUAAACCCAAGCGAGAGAAGAAAAUAAAUCCACUACGAACAGCAGCAAAAGACGCAUCAGGCGGCGCCCACUUCAGCACACGCGUGACGAAUCAUGGCCGAAGCAAGUGGACCGUUGGUCACCUUGGUUACGCUGUCGGUGCUACUGCUGGCGCUCACCCGUCUGCAAACAGUAAACUGCUUCUGCCCUUCGCUCUGUACCUGCGAGAGCGAUCGCAAUCUACGCACGUCCUGCAUAAACGCCUCGCUCGAAGUGGUACCGAUCCAGCUCAAUCCGGACGUGCGGUACCUCAACCUUACCGUCAACCAGAUCACCAACGUACACUUUACGCUCGCCUUCUACUAUCAGCUCGAGUCGCUCGAUCUGUCCCACAACCAGAUCGAUUCGCUCGGGUCGAAAAACUUCGAAUCGCAGGAAAAGCUGCUGGCGCUCAACGUUAGCCACAAUGUGCUGCAAGCCCUGGCGAAGGACAGCUUCCGUGGGCUGAAGCGGCUCGAACUGUUGCGGCUCGGUGACAAUCAGCUCGAGCAGAUCCAUCCGACCGCAUUUCAGGCCCUAACGUCCUUGCGGCGGUUGGAGCUGAUGAACAACCGACUCGUGAGCUUCGAGGACGGUGUGCUAAGGCCGCUGGCAGCACUCGAAACGCUGCUGCUGGCCAACAAUCAGCUGCUCGAGGUCCCGUACGAAGGUAAUCUGGAGUAUGUGCGGUCGCUGCGCCAUCUCGACCUCGCUACCAAUCUGAUCGAGUACGUCGGGAACGAUAGCUUCGGCACGCUGCACGAGCUGCGCACGCUCCGGCUGGCCGGGAACGUGCUGAUGGAGCUCGACUGGAGCGCUUUCAGCGGGCUGCACGCGCUGCAGCUUCUCGACCUGGCAGAUAACAAUCUAACGACCAUCCCGACGGUGCAGCUGUCGAAGCUGUACAAUCUGACCACGCUGACACUGAGCGGUAACUCGUUCGUGGAGCUACCGGCGGUUGCCUUCCAGAAUCUGUUUCAACUGCGUGAGCUGCAUCUGGACCGGUUGGAUCGUUUGGAGCGCAUCGAUACGAGAGCUUUCAUCGAUAAUACCCACCUGCAGGUGCUAACGCUCGACGACAAUCCCUCGUUUGCGACCCUUCCCGUACGUCUGUUUCACGGUAACCCGCAUCUCAUCGACAUCUCCAUGCGUCGGAAUGCGCUGCUCACGCUGGACGCUGUACAGUUCCCACUCGAUCGGCUACAGCGCCUAAAGCUGGCUGGAAAUCCACUCGUCUGCAACUGCACCAUUCGCUGGCUGUGGCGACUGGUGACCGGUACGCUCGAUGACGACGAUGGCGAUGAUCCGGACGGUGUUGCCUUCCUGGGGAAGUCGUUGGCAGAUCACACGAACAUAACCACCGUACUCCUCAUCGACAAGGACGAGAUUGGCUGUGAUUUGAAUGAGGAUGGGCUAGUAACCAGACGCAAACUGCGCAACAUGUCCGAAAGUGAUAUAAACUGUCCAGCGCAUCUCGUCACGGUGCUGAGCAUACUGCUCAGUCUGCUACUGUUAACACUCGGGGCCGGUGCUGCCAUCCUGUACCGACGCAAGUCUCGCGAACGCAAAAAGAUACUGCAGGAGCGCAAGAACGUGCACGAGCGUAUAGUGCCGCAGAAGGUGGACAAACUGGAGCUGGAGCGCUAUCUAGCACAGCAGGUCCUGUCCAACGACUACCGCGAACUGAGGCCCGCCUGUGAUCUGCCGGUGCGAUACGAUCUCAAGUACCCGGACCAAACCGCACACCAGCUGGGUGUGUCGGCCGAGGUGGAUCCCGAUUCGGACCACUACGAGAACAUCGACUACCUCCAGCACCAGCGAGUCCUUGGCAAUUCGAGCACCGCAAACACGCCCUCCACUCAGUCCAUCAUCACGAACCCUUUUCACCAUCAUCAACCCCCAAGCCAAUACCACUACGUACAGGGACAUACUCCUCAAGUACAGUCUCAGCUGCAUUCCGCAUCCUAUCAACACCCACAACCCCAUCAAAGUCCACAACAUCACCAUCACCACCACCACCACCAGCAGCAUCAACAGCAACGUCAUCCGCAGGCACCUGCAAUGACGAUGCAACAUCCGCACAAGUAUCCACACCACCAGCAGCAGCAGCAGCACCACCACAACAAGGCCAGUCCUACGCCCGGGGCUGCCAACACCAACAGUAACACCUUGCCAGUGCCUCCGGGGCAGCGGAACCUCAACAACUAUUCGCCCAACUUCUUCAUCUACGUCCUGUACUCACACUUCAUCCUGCUGCUUCUAGCCUUAUGAUGAGGCGGUACUGCAGGACACGGUACGGGAUGCGUACUGCGAUAGGCGCACACGGCUCCUCUAGCAUGUAGCAAAAAUGAAGCAAUCCAAUCAAACUUUCGACUCGUUUUGUACAGUGAAUUAGUGCAAAUGGUAACGAAACAUAAGUAACUUUCCUCUUACUCUUCACCCUUUACGUUCUCUUCGAAAGGCUAAGUCACCAAAAUGUGGCGGGGCAUGGGGCGCCGAAGGUGGUUUGCCCGAAACGAACGACAAGGCUAGUAAGAAAUGACAACAAAACAACAAUUGUAAAUGUACAUUUUCCUUUCGGGCGGGCAAACAGCCACACACAUCCACACCUAGACUAAUGUUAACAAAAUGCGUAAAUUAAGGGGAAUUGUUUUUUCGAAGAAUCGUUCAAAUGCGCCAUAUUAGAUUAAGUGGUUUUGUAUCUCGAAUUGUACUGUACGUUAGGAAAGCAAAUAAAACAAAAAACAAGCCCAAUAUUUACCAAGCCGUAUAGUUGUAUUGAGAGAAGCUUAAAUACAACACGAUUUCACCCGGUUUAGAACAUCCAAUUAAGCCUUAACUUUUCGCUGUACAACUGAUGUAAUAAAUUGAUUUACAGGAGUUGGCUUCGUGUCUUUAGUUUUCUUGUAUAAUUUAGUUCGCUAAAUCGUUUUUAACUCUAGCGAACAAAUGUUUUUCACUAUUUUUGAGACCUUUUUUUCCUGUUUUGAUGUGACUCCUCUUCCAACUAUGCAACACUAUGAAGCUUCUUGCAGUUCUUUCUUUCUUUCUAUUUUGUACAGUAGAUAGAGGUAAUUUAUAUUUUUAAAACCAGCGUGUAAGAGGCCGGACACAAACAGAACAAUCUCCCACGACAUAUGCGUAGCAAUGUUGCAAAACCAAUUACGAGUUGAACGUUGCAAAACACCCAACAAUAAAUAGUGGGAAAAACGAAGCAAAACUGCAAAAAGGGUGACAAACAAUUUGUAAUACGACGUAAAAACGGGCAGUAAAAUUGUCAAGAAAAUGAGAUAAUUUAACUAAAAACACACCAGAACAAACAAAAACCCCUAUUUAAAACUGCUUUAUUUUGUAUCAUGCAACACACGCCAAGAGAAUAAAGUCACUAGCUUCGAGGAGAACCUUCUGAACAUAAAAACAAAAGCUAUAAAAGAAACAAGAAAUGAAAAGCAAUCGAUAAAACUAAAACAAAAAGAGGACAAAUGGAAAGAAUUUUGAAUAUAAAACACUUAAAAACAAGAUGGUAGAAACGGUACCGGCGAGGAAAAGCUAACGCGUACGAAUUGUAAUACUAAUCGAUAAUAUUACGAAUAUGUUAAACUGAGUUGUUAUAAGACUGAGCCUGGUGGAGAGCAAACAAAAAAUCGAAACGGCUACUGAGGUGAAAAAUAAAUUUGACUACUGAAACGGAAA